GGGAAUGACCAGGUCCGGUUUGAGCUCACCUGCUACUCGCUGGCCCCCCAGAUUAAGGUCAUCGCCCCCUGGAGGAUGCCCGAGUUCUACAACCGGUUCAAGGGCCGCAAUGACCUGAUGGAAUACGCCAAGCAACACGGAAUUCCCAUCCCGGUCACCCCCAAGAGCCCCUGGAGCAUGGAUGAGAACCUCAUGCACAUCAGCUACGAGGCUGGAAUCCUGGAGAACCCCAAGAACCAAGCACCCCCAGGUCUCUACACAAAGACCCAGGACCCGGCCAAAGCCCCAGACGCCCCUGACAUCCUGGAGAUCGAGUUCAAGAAAGGGGUUCCUGUGAAGGUGACCAACGUCAAGGACGGCACCACCCACCGCACCUCCUUGGAGCUGUUCAUGUACCUGAAUGACAUUGCGGGCAAGCAUGGCGUGGGCCGCAUUGACAUCGUGGAGAACCGCUUCAUCGGAAUGAAGUCCCGAGGUAUCUACGAGACCCCAGCAGGGACCAUCCUUUACCACGCUCAUUUAGACAUCGAGGCCUUCACCAUGGAUCGUGAAGUGCGCAAAAUCAAACAAGGCCUGGGCUUGAAAUUCGCUGAGCUGGUCUACACCGGUUUCUGGCACAGCCCUGAGUGCGAAUUUGUCCGCCACUGCAUCGCCAAGUCUCAGGAGCGGGUGGAAGGGAAGGUGCAGGUGUCCGUCUUCAAGGGCCAGGUGUACAUCCUGGGCCGGGAGUCCCCACUGUCUCUCUACAAUGAGGAGCUGGUGAGCAUGAACGUGCAGGGCGAUUACGAGCCCAUUGAUGCCACCGGCUUUAUCAACAUCAACUCCCUCAGGCUGAAGGAAUAUCAUCGUCUCCAGAGCAAGGUCACCACCAGAUAGACCUGUAUACAACAAGGAGCUGGGCGUCCUCACUUGCGGCUCCCCCAAGCACAGGCGCUAAUUGUUGUGAUAAUUUGCAAUUGUGACUUGCUCUCCUGACUGCAGCAUAGUGGGGCUGCCAGGCCCCAGCUUUGUCCCCUGGCCCCCGACCCCUCCCGCCUACAAAAGUGGUCAUCGGAGGGAAGGUUGGGGCGGCUGCAGUGGGGAAGCUAUGAAGGGACAAUUAAAGAAAAAGAUACAUUAGUCUUUU